CUCAUUCGCUAACAUAAAAUUACUUUUGUAUUCUCGACACUUGUCUUGCAACAUGGCAACCAUUUAUUAACUAACCUUUCAAAAUCCCAAUCCACCGUUUAUAACGGUUACAUUUUCUUUAGAUCUAACGGUUUUCCUCAACUCCUAAAAUCAAUGGUCAAUUUUCUACAUAGGUUUUCCUCACCUCCUAAAAUCAACGGUCAUUUUUCUACAUAAAAGAAAUGUCUCAAUCUUUCGACGCUUUCUCUUGCAAUUGAUUGCAGAAAGCGACGCUCUCUAUCUUUCCAUUAACACGUAAUCUACACAGUUUUGAGUAAAUGCCAACUUUUCUCUAGUACUAGUACUACUAUCAUAGUAUCUUUAACUUCUAGCACAAACCCAGAAAAAAAAAAAAAAAAAAAAAAGGUCUGAGAAAAUGGAGUUUGCGUCGUUUCUAACAUCUUUAGGAACUUCUUUCAUCAUUUUUGUGAUUUUGAUGUUGUUGUUUACUUGGCUUUCGGGUAAACCCGGAAACCAUGAAAUAUACUUCCCGAAUCGUAUUCUUAAGGGUAUGGAACCGAGUUCUAGAACCCGGAACCCGAUUUCGUGGAUCAAAGAAGCAAUUUCUUCAUCUGAAAAUGAUAUUAUUGCUGUUUCUGGUGUUGAUACUGCUGUCUAUUUCGUCUUCCUUUCAACUGCUUUCUCAAUGAUGGUUUUGGCUGGCAUUGUGUUGCUUCCAUCACUUUUGCCUCUUUCCAUCACUGAUCACAGUGUCAGACAGAAUAACACCACCAGCAAUGGAACAUUCAGUGAGCUUGAUAAGUUCUCCAUGGGUCACAUUGAACAAAAAAGUCCGAGGUUGUGGGGACAUUUGAUUGCUGUCUACUGGAUUUCUUUGGUUACAUAUUUUCUCUUAUGGAAGGCAUAUAAACAUGUUUCUGAAAUAAGGGCUACUGCUCUGAUGUCAUCUGAAGUAAGAGCAGAACAAUUUGCCGUUCUUGUGAGAGAUAUACCCCCUCCUCUGGAAGGUGAGACCAGGAAGGAACAAGUUAAUUCGUAUUUCAAGGCCAUUUAUCCAGAUACGUUCUACAGGUCCAUGGUAGUAACAGACAAUACAAAGGUCAACAAGAUGUGGGAGGAGUUAGAGGGAUAUAGAAAGCAACUUGUGCGUGCUGAAACAGUUUAUGCACAAUCAAAAACAAUUGAUAAACCUGAGGGAAUCAGACCAAUGAACCGCAUUGGCUUCCUUGGUCUUUGUGGGAAGAAUGUGGAUACCAUAGAAUACUGCAACGAGAAGAUAAAUGAACUUAUCUCAAAGAUGGAAACUGAGCAAAAAGUAACCUUAAGAGACAAACAGCUUUCUUCAGCACUCGUAUUCUUUUCGAGCAGGGUGGCUGCUGCUUCUGCUGCUCAGAAUUUACAUGCCAGAAUGAGAGACACUUGGACAGUAGAGGAUGCUCCUGAACCACGUCAACUGAUUUGGAGUAACCUUUCUCUCCAGUUUUACAUGAGGGAAGUACGCAAGUACGUUGUGUACAUUACCGUUGCGUUAAUGGUAGUAUUUUACAUGAUUCCUAUAACAAUGAUCUCAGCUUUUACGACAUUGGGGAAACUUGUGAAGCUUAUGCCUUUCAUAAAACCUGUUGUUGAUAUAGCUCCAAUUCGAACUGUAUUGGAAGCUUAUCUUCCUCAACUUGCUCUCAUAAUAUUUUUGGCCCUGCUCCCAAAAUUACUCAUGUUUUUGACUAAAUUGGAAGGUAUUCCUUCAGAGAGCCAUGCAGUGAGAGCUGCUUCAGGCAAAUAUUUCUACUUCAUUGUUUUUAAUGUAUUCAUUGGAGUGACCCUUGGUGGAACCUUGUUUGGUAAUUUCAAGGAUCUAGAGAAAGCUGGUUUUACAAAAAUUAUUGAUUUACUUGGGAAGGGCCUUCCAGAUAAUGCAACCUUUUUCUUGACAUAUGUGGCACUCAAAUUUUUUGUAGGGUAUGGACUGGAGCUGUCUAGAUUGAUUCCCCUUAUCAUAUUCCAUCUAAAAAAGAAGUACCUUUGCAAGACUGAAGCUGAAGUGAAAGAAGCUUGGGCUCCUGGAGAUUUUGGAUAUGCAACAAGGGUUCCUAGUGACUUGCUUAUACUCACAAUUACCCUUUGUUACUCUGUUAUUGCACCCCUAAUCCUUCCCUUUGGUGCUGUUUAUUUCGGCCUUGGAUGGCUUGUCCUGAGAAAUCAGGCACUGAAAGUUUAUGUUCCAUCAUUUGAGAGCUAUGGGAGGAUGUGGCCUCAUAUGCAUGCACGAUUCCUUGCGGCAUUAGUCCUUUAUCAAGUUACCAUGAUAGGUUACUUUGGACUAAAGCUGUUCUACUUCACUCCCCUGCUCUUUCCACUUCUUAUAACGUCCCUAAUCUUUGCUGUUGUCUGUAAGAAAAAAUUCUACGGCUUCUUCCAACAUGCAGCUCUGGAUGUUGUAUGCCAUGAAUUGAAGGAAAGUCCCAAUGUCGAACGAGUCUACAGAUCGUUUGUUCCCCCAAGUUUGAGCUCUGAUAAGCUAGAUGGUGAUCAUUAUGGAGACGCUUAAUUUUAAGUUUCGUUGGUGGUGUACUGGUGUUUGAUGUACAUUUAUGUUUUCUGGUUUUUCAUUUCCACUAGCAUAGUUUUUGGAAAGGCAUUGAUAGUAUUGUUUUAGAAAGUGUUGAUUGUGUAUAUAGAUAUACUCCCAGAACUUCUGUUUAUUAUUUGUGAUAAUUAUUUGGAUUGAUUUGUUGGGUUGUUCGCAUCAGCAAGCCUGUUAACA